UGCUGCUGUCAUCCUCCGCUCUGAUAACAGAUGGAGCAUCCUCAGCUGUGAGCAGCAGCACCCAGCAGGAUGACUGCUUCUCUUGUCCUCUGCCUCCUCCUUCUGCUUCACAUUCUCAGUCUUACAACGGAGUCCACGUCAUUAUCAACAGCUACAUUCACCCUGAGGAAAAAUGAGUGAGGGAGACCAUCGAGACUAAGCUAGGUUAUUUAACCGUUACUACUGAAUCUCUUCCUCCUGUCGUCAUUGGAGAUACAGUCACACUCAGGUGCAACUUCCAAACAGAUGGCAGCCUGCAAGAGAUUGUGUGGUUUCGGGAAAGCGAACAGAUUAUUGAAGGCGCCAGUGCCAAGCAAAAGAUUUUCAGCUAUAAUUCCAUGUACAACACUAGCUACUCCAACAUGGAGGACAACCGCAAACGGGAGGACCUAGUAUACCAGUCAACAGUGCGACUUCCAGAAGUUCACAUGGAGGAUGAUGGCCUGUAUGAGUGCCAUGUAGGGAUUUAUGACAGAAAUUCCAGAGACAAAGUUAUUCUAGCCUCUAGCAGUAUCACCCUCACUGUCAUAGUACCUCCAAAGUCUAUCUCUGUGGUGGUGGCCAACAGCCCAGCUCCAUUCAGCCGUUACGAGGCUCAAAACUUCACUCUGGUUUGCAUUGUUACAGGAGCAAAACCAGCUCCCAUGGUAUACUUCAAGAGAGAUGGUGAGCUUAUUGAUGUUGUGCCAACAGCCCAGCAACAGUCUUUUUCAGGAGUUCAAAGUAAGAGCCCAGGUCACAAAAAGAGCUGGACUAUGAACCAGGCAGGGCUUUGGAGUACCCAGGUGUUGACCAGUCGAGAUGUUGAUGACACCAAACUCCAGAAGACCCUGCUGGAGCAAGAGGAGAAGCAGGCCAGGCUAGACCAUAAUGGACCUGUUGACUCUCAGGGCCAAGAAGAAGAGUCUGAACUGAAUCCUGAGGAAACCACUGAGAUUAUCCCUGAGACAAUAGUGAGCAGGGAAUUUCCCCGCUGGGUUCAGACUACUGACCCUCUCUAUUACUUCUAUCACCGGCAGCAGGCAGCAGGCGAUGGCACCAUGGAGGUUAGAGCCAUGCUAACCUGGAGCCUCAACCCCCAGCUUGACAAUGAGGCUCUAUUCAGCUGUGAGGUCAACCACCCAGCUCUAUCCAUGCCCAUGCAAGCUGAGGUCACAUUGGCUGCUCCCAGAGGACCUAAGCUGUCCAUGAGUCCCAGUAAAGCCAAAGUGGGAGAUACAGUGCGAAUCACUGUCCAGGGCUUCCAGCUGGGACCUUCUGCAAGUGAAGUCUUCCCUGAGCCAAUGUUCACUUGGACCAAGGUUGGAGGGGAUCUGCUCGAUGGCAGAGCAGUCCAUAACGGAAGGGAACUCAUCCUGGAGAGAGUCCCUGCUGAGCUCAAUGGCUCCAUGUUUCGCUGCACAGCCCAGAAUCCUCUGGGCUCCACGGAUACCCACACCCGCCUGAUCGUGUUUGACAACCCAAGACUGAAGAGAGGAAAAGAACAUUACAUUGCCAUCAACACAGCAGUCGGUCGGCACGCCUUCGCAUUAUCCACCAUUCUACUGCUGAGAUUCACCUGUGAGCUGACGUGACCCGAAGCUCUGCUCUGCUGCUAAACACACUACCCAACUUCCUGAGGCACCAUCAGUGACCCCUGAAAGUAGUUAAACCUCCAACCAGUCCUUCUGCUUGAGCACCUAGGAGGAAGGACUCAUUCUCAUUCUGCAUUAGACACAGAAUGAAGUUUCUGAGGCAAUUUACAUGUAAUGUUGGGAAUACUUGAGAUUUACCACUACCAUAGGGAUAAUAGUAGAUAGAUUGUAAGUUGGCCAGUCAGCAUUAUCAGCUGCCGGGAUUUUGAUUCAUAACAUCACUCCGGCUGCCAGAUUUAUGUAAAAAAACAAAAACAAAAAACAACAACCCAGGCCAACUCAAAGACACAUCAAAUAUUGAUUAGUUAGGGCUAUUAUUCAAAAAGAUCUAGUGAACAAAUUCUCUAGAAAUCAUCAAAUCUGGACAGCUUUCAUGUUCUUACAUAAAAUAGCUGAUGUUUUGGGGGUCUGAUUGUUCCUUCUAGUGAUGGGAUUUCCAGCUCUUUUUAGAGAACCGGAUCUUUCGGCUCGGCUCCCUAAAAAGAGCCGGCUCUUUCAGCUCCGAACCGGCUCUUCAGGUUGUUUUGUUGCUUUAAUUAAUUUAUUAUUAACAAUAACAUAAAAUUAUGCACGUACAAACUCCAAAACACAUUUCUAGCGUUAACUGAACUUCCAAAACAGAGCUACCUAGAUCACUUAAAUUACACAAUUGAAAGCAUAUGUGUAUUGUUUGUGUAUUGAUACACAAGCACUCAUAUAUAUUCAAAUAAUAAAAAAAAAAGUUCAUUUACCUGUUACUACCACGCACCAAAUCCGGUCGUUGGCACUUCCUGGCUUGUGUAGCCACUAGGUAACAAAAGCUCAACACUGCCCCCUAGCAUCCUGGAGCACUUCAGUUGUGUUUUGUACGUGUUUUGGAGUUUUUACGUGUUUUAGAGUUUGUACGUGCUUUGUCUCUAGGGGCCACCGUAAAUAUACUUUUAUUUAUUCAGUCCACAUAAAAUGUAAUAAAUAAAUCAUAUAAUACAAAAACCAACUAUUUACAUUUCAACUUUUAACUAUUUAAAUUUUCAGCUUUUUCCUUUUAAACAAAUUUAAAGUGAAACAACACAAAACACUGCAAACCACAACACAAUUAAAUAUAAAUUAAAAUAUGAAAACAAAAAGAAGAUGCACAUUCUCUGUCAUAUGGGCCUGCAUGAAUAAACUUUCUGAAUCCUUUAUCAUCCGCAACUGAAAAUAGUUGUGGAUGAUUACUAUACCUUUCUAUAACAAGUUCUCACUCCCAAAGCGUAACAUUUUACGCUAGGUGACAAAUCGUCCACUCUCCUACUUGACGACAUCGGAAAACUGAGGACAUAUGAGGACAUAUGAGAACCGUUUGGACUCAAUCUACACAUGUUUGCUCUUUUCCUUAAAGUCGCUUGGGAAAACACUAUUUCACGUCAUUAAAGUGCUGGUUAAGGUUAGGAAUAAGGUUAUGGUUAGGCUUAGGGAUAAGGCUAGGUUUAGGGCUGCAAUACAGGGCUGGAACGUCUAUUACCGCGGGAGCGUAAUUCCACUGGAUUUCAUCCAUAACCCGGCGCGUACCAUAACAACGCGGAAGGUCACCUUUCGCGUUCCUCAGGAACGCCGCGGGACGUGACAAAACGUCGGGAUGUUACACCUCGGGAGUGAGAACGGGCCCCUUUCUAAUGUGACGUUGUUGUCCCUGGCUCUCUUUCUCUCUCUCUCCCUCCCGCUCUGUUCCUGUGCUACUGCGAGUGUAACUACCGCCCCUCCCCCCUCUGCCCAGCGCAAAGCACAAGGCUCGCGUGCGGAGUGAAGCAGAAAAAAAGUGCGAGAGAGAGGGUGAGAGAAAGAAAAAAAAAAAACCACGGCUCGGGAUAAGGAGCCGGCACGCGUCAUUCACGUCAAAGAUCCGGCUCUAAGAGCCAUUUCGUUCACUACCGACACAUCACUAGUUCCUUCCUAGUCUGUUCAGUUUCUAAAAGCCAUAACAAAACCUGUCAUGUCAGAAAUUACUCAUUUAAUUUUUUAAUUGUAUUUAAUCUGGAUUAAAAUAUUAUGUAUAGAAAUUGAAGUUGGAUAACUUGCUUCCCACUUCCCAUUAAAAACUUGUAACUUGUAACAAUGUAAAACUAACAAUUCUCCACUAAAGUCUUAUGGAUGUCUAAGCAUCAGUAUUGUGAGUUUAUUGCAGGUAGAGAUAUUCUUUUCUUAGCUCAGGUGUGGAUAUUUAAAUAAAAUAUAUUUAAUCAGUGAAAACACUCUUGACCCUUCACUGUAAACCCGAAAAGUUAGCAGAACUUAAGGCAAUCGGUUGAAUUGGGUUUUUCGAGUUGAUGAACUAAAAAGUUAUCAGAACUUCAACAUUUUGAUUACAUUUGACAUGUACCCUUUGACCAAAAUAAAACUAAAAUGUUUAAUAAUUAAAUUCAAAAAUAUUCAAUAAAUAGUAUUUCGUUUUCAGUUAUUUUGUAUUUUUUUUUUAUUAAGGUUUAUAUGUUGUGUUGUGUUUUUGUUUGUUUUUUUUGUUUUUUUUUAACUAUGGACAUGUCUGUCAAUAAAGAUUGAUUGACUGAAUUAUGUCUAUCAUGGGAAUAAGUUGACAUGACUUAAAAGGAACGGGUACAACAGAGUCACUCAGUAUUGUUCACUUUUACACCAACUUUGCAAACUGAAAAACAUGUCACACAAAACGUAAAAAAACCCUUAAAUCAACAGAUUCAGAAUAUCUGAAUAACAUUUUAUUAAUUAUGCUUUAAGCUGCUGAAACUGUAAAAUUCUACAAUGUACAUAUAUUAUACCAUUGUCCUGGUUCUGUUAUUUUUCAAUACUUGCUUGGUUAAGAUUCAUAUUCAAAACAUCAUAAAACAAAACAAAAACUGAAAUA